GUAACUUUGGAGUUCGCUUUGCAUGUAUGCGAGCAUAUGGAUUCGAAACGAAAGUCAAGCUGUACUUCCCCAGCCAAUCAUCAAUACAAAAGAGUCAAGGAGCGAUCUACAAAGGUGCUCUCAGUCAAACAAGACGAAGCUCGAUCUCGCCUCGAUCUGCUAAGGAAAUUGGUUCGCGAAAUUAAUGACAGUCAUCAAUCUUUCCAACACCAUGCCGCCGAGGCUGGAUCCGAUAUCAUGCUAGCGACUGCCGAACUGGAUAAAGCAUUUCGUCUUCCAAGAAACUCGCCGUCGCUUUUGGCAUCGCCUAGUAUUUACUGCCCAGAAAAGCCACGUGAAAUUUCUGAGGAAGCAUCAUCAGGGCAUGAACGGGAACACAGUUUACCUAAACUACCGCCUAUUGUCGAUCCAUUUCUUGAGAAGGCUGUGUUCACACAUCCCGGUGUGAGCAACGAUACUAAAGGCUCUUAUGACCGACUCGAAAUCCUUGGGGACGCUUACAUCGAACUUAUGGCUACAAAAUUGAUUUGGAAUAGAUUUCAGGAGCUUCCUUCCGGUCGGAUAUCACAGAUACGGGAGCUUCUAGUUAAGAAUGAAACCCUUUCUGAGUAUGCGACCAGCUAUGGCUUUGAUCGCAGGGCUUCGGUGCCACAUGAUUACUUGACCCAACCUAGGCGAUGGACUAAAACAAAGGGUGAUAUUUUCGAGGCUUAUGUCGCUGCUAUCAUACUUUCUGAUCAAGCCAAUGGUUACAGGCAAGCUGAAGAAUGGUUAACGCAGCUAUGGUUGCCAAAGAUCGCUGGCUUUGGGGUCCAGGCGUCAGAUAUGCAAGGUAAAGAAGCACUGGCAAAGCAGAUAAUGGGUAAAGGAAUCAAACUCAAGUAUGUUGAUGAAAAACCCCCUCUUCAACUGGGAAGAGGGAUGCAGAGAUUUUUCAUUGGGGUAUAUCUUACAGGUUGGGGGUGGACUAGUAAACAUUUAGGCUCUGGUCAGGGUCUCAAUAAGACAGCUGCUGGGGAUGAAGCAGCACGUCAGGCUUUGCUGAAUGAGUCUCUCAUCAAUGAGAUUGUUGCAAAGAAAAAGGCAUGUAGGUAGAAGAUGGAAUAAUGUUAUUUAGAGUAUGCCAAAUCUCAAGUACAUUUCAGCCACAUAUGAAUUCACAUUUAUGUAUUUAUGGUAAUGUGGCUUUAAGAUAGUGUUCUCUGAUGGGGGGUUUGGGAGGUUUAGCAGUUGUAGGUCAGCAUGGGUUUACUGAAAAGAGCAACUUAACUAGGUAAUAUUAAGUAGACAGUUAUUCCUUCAUCUGGUGUUUUGUUCAUUUUAGCAUAUUUUAUAGCCUUGGCACUCCUGAUUAUUAGUG